CACUGGAACGUUUAAAAAAAAAAUCAGCGCGAAGUAAUUGUGACGUCACAACUGGUAGUCCCCUUAUUGGAGAAGGGAGUGAGACGUUCCCGUUUGCUAUUGGCCAUUUACGAAAGACAUCCUUUCAUUUAUGGUGACGUUUGUGGUCUGUUGUGUGCCACAAGCGAACGUCACAGUACCGUCGACAGGAUCUGUUUCCGAUCGUUUAUUGCUUUACUUCUGGUUUAUCAAAAAAAAGCACCAUGACGGACGAGGACAUAAUAGAGUUGGAUAGCGAGAUUCGUGAUUCAGACAUAGAGAACCUUCUGGUUAAGCCGACCGCCUUGUAUUUACUGAACGAUACCAUAAAACGAAUAUGUAAUUUCACCAACAACUCGCGCAGUUUCUGCAAUAGCACGGAUGAUUACGAUCGACACGACUACAGCGAUGCGGAAGCCAUGGAAAAGCUGCUCAGCAUCAUCGUUCCCAUACUCUUCGGCAUCAUCUUCAUAGUCGGGCUUUUCGGAAAUUCUCUGGUGGUCAUCGUCGUCCUGUGCAACCCCCAAAUGCGUUCCACCACUAAUUUGUUAAUUAUUAAUUUAGCCGUUGCAGAUUUACUGUUCAUCGUCUUCUGUGUGCCCUUCACGGCUUGGGAUUACGCGCUACCCUAUUGGCCAUUUGGAGAUGCGUGGUGUAAGGUCGUACAGUAUUUGGUCAUCGUAUGCGCUUACGCUAGCAUAUACACCUUGGUUCUGAUGUCUCUGGAUAGAUUUCUAGCAGUCGUCCAUCCCAUAACUUCGAUAUCUCUCCGCACCGAACGAAAUGCUCUAAUUGCCAUCUUUCUGGUUUGGAUCGUGAUUCUAUUGUCCUGCGUACCGGCUCUGAAAGCUCACGGAGAAUUCAACUACAUGUUCGCUCAUGCCGAAUAUUCCAUGUGCAUAUUCCUAGUCAACGAAGGUUACAACCACGCCAUGUUUCAGAUUUGCUUCUUCUUGUCCUCGUACGUCAUUCCCCUAAGUUUGAUUUUUGCUCUUUACCUAUUGAUGCUUAAGAGGUUGUGGUUCGGUGUGGCACCCGGUGGACACGUUAGUUCCGAGAGUGUUCGAUCGAAGAAACGUGUGACGAGAAUGGUAGUAGUGGUCGUAGUCAUAUUUGCAGUUUGCUGGUGUCCCGUACACAUCGUACUGGUCAUGAAAGGAGUGGAAGCCUAUCGCUUGACACCAGUGGGAAUAGCCAUACAGAUUGCGGCGCAGAUUCUGGCUUACAUGAACUCGUGUGUCAACCCCAUUUUGUACGCUUUCUUAUCCGAUAAUUUCAGAAAAGCUUUUCGGAAAGUAAUCGCGUGCAACCCACGAAUGGGCAGAACGAGAAGAGGUGACUACGAACGAACCGAAAGGGAAACAAUGGGCACAUGCGCCACCAAAUCGUCGACUACGAAAACAUCAAACGACAUCUUGUAAUUUCGUCACAAAUGAUAAAUAUAUUUUCUGCACACAAAGAUGAGACUAUUUUGAUACGCCGUCGAUGCGAAUCUAAACAACUCACACCCUAUUGAUACAUAUGAGAAUUCUCGAAUUGUCUUCACACGAAAUGCUCAAAACGUUCCAGGUACGGACAAGACUCGACUUGUUAUUGCUAAUUGUCUUCACUGACUGUAAUGGGGCUCUACAAUCAGUGAAGGAAGGUCUGCGAAUUAUUUUAGCCACUGACGUUUGCGAGUCAUGUACAAUUUUCUUCACUUAGACGACUCGUUUUAACCCGAUCUCACCCAAUGUCGAUUCUUCUUUCAAUGUGUAUCAAUUAAAUGUCCUAUAUCUCGUUUCGGUAUAUUUAUUUGUGUCUUUCAAUAAAUUCCGAUUAUUGACUUCUUAAUUAUAAUGGAAAGCUUCGAAUUGCUUACUUAAUUA